GCAAGCCUUAGUUCGCGUCCACUUCAGUCGCCAAUAUGUACACAAACGUGUUGCUUGUGGCGACGGCCCUGGUGGCCUCCUCGGUGGCCCAGGAGCAGUACCGACGAGACCCCCAGACGGCCGCCAUUCUCACCGACGCCCGGUACCUGCAAGGUGACGGCACCUUUGGCGCCGCCUACACCCAGGAGGACGGCGUCCAGUUCAAGGAGGAGACCGACGCCGAGGGCAACCGCCGCGGCGCCUACAGCUACGUGGACCCGUCGGGCGUGAGGCGCACCGUCAGCUACACCGCCGGCAAGAACGGCUUCCAGGCGUCCGGCGACCACCUGCCCCAGGCCCCCGCGGCCCCGCCCGCGGCCGCGCCCCAGCCCCAGUACCAGCCGCAGCCCCAGUACCAGCCGCCCCAGCAGCAGUACCAGCCCGCGCCCGCGUCUCACGCGUCCGGCGGCGCCUAUGACGAGACCGGCGAGUACGACCCUCGCUACAACGACCCCGCGUUCCAGCCCAACACCGGCUACCGCCCCCAGCCCGCCGCGCCCCAGUACCAGCCCCAGCCCCAGCCCCAGUACCAGCCCCAGCCCCAGCAGCAGUACCAGCCCUCGCCCAACGCCAUCCCCCAGUACAACCCCACAACCCCUCCCCCUCACCGCUUCUUCCCCCCAGGCAAGCUGGACCUCAACAGGACGCCCGACGGCUUCUCCUACAGCUUCAGCAAGAGCAGAUAAACGUCAUCAUUAGUGUACCUUCAUUUUUUACAUUAUUUUUACUAGGUAUUGUUUCUAUUUUUUUUCCAAAACACGAAGAACUAAAAAAAAAGAUAAACAUGAAUAAAAAUUGAAAAAAUUA